GGGAAAUCAAUGAUUAAAUAAACAUCUGAACAAUCUCAGAUCAGUAGAACUCUUUCAGUAGAACUCUGUAAUCAAAAAUGCAGGUUGCAGAAGUUGAUCCUAUUCGCACCAAGAGGUAUGUGGAGGAGACUUUUCGCCUUUUGCAGGCCAAACCCGGCGUUGAGGACAUCCUGAUCAUGAAUCAUUCGGGUGUGCCGGUCAAAACAUCGAUGGAUCGACAGGAAAGUCUUCAGUACGCCUGUCUAUACGACAACCUAAAGGAAAAGUGCCAGGCAUUCCUAACCAAAAUGGAGCCAGCUCAAACUUUGACCUUUUUGAGGGUUCGCACCAAAUACCACGAGGUGCUCAUUACACCGGAUGCCAAGAUCACCGUUUUGGUGGUCCAAAAUGCCAAGGAUUCUUUCAUUAACAUAAAAGGAUAGAAAAAUUUCGCAUUUAAAAAUAUUUUUCCGAUACGAACACAUUUUUGAUUGUGGGCACAUAUCUAUUUUAACCACGUUAAUUCAAAUGUAACCCAAAUAAAGAAUUCAGUUGAACUUCGACUAUUAA